AUGAGAGUUGCCGAGAGACCCACAUUCUCAGAUCUCAGUGCCACGGAUGAAGAUCUGUUUGAGCAGCUAGCACGCCCAUGCCGAGUAUCGCGAAGUGCGUGUCCCAAGGUACAAAAGGUGGCAUAUCCUCUGAGAAAUCGAAAAGAUUUCGCGGAGCAUUGCUGUCCUAGGAUGCUGUCACUGGGUCCCAUUCACCACGGGGAAUCCCAUCUGAAGUCAGGAGAGAAGUACAAGCUCAUGUGGGCGUCCACGUAUGUCCAAGAAGAUCGAGAAAGGGCCCGAUAUCUUCAUGGAAAGAUCGCAGAGAACAUCGAGGAACUGCAGAAUCUAUACAACGAAGAUGCGAUCGGUCCCUUUAACGACCAACAACUGGUGCGGAUGUUGUUUUUGGAUGGUUGCGCUCUCCUUCAAAUCUUAAAGCAUCCUGCAGACCCGGAACGACUCAAUGCCAAGGUUGACCAGCUUGUUCUUGUUCACCGAGAUGCGCUGUUGUUAGAGAACCAACUUCCCUUCCGAGUGCUCCAGCUUUUAAGUGACGUCCCCGACCCUGAACUCCUCAAAGACAUGCACGAAUUCCUUCGCUAUCAUCAUUUGUCACGGGGAAAACGUGGUCAGAAUCGAGCCGAGGGCGAUUCUCAUCAUCAAUGCGCAAUUGACGUCCCCGUCCCUGCUCCGGCUCAUCUUCUUGAUCUACUACGGAAUGUGGUGGCUGGACUCCCUCCUGCUCAAGAGAAACGGGAGAGUGCCCCUUCCACAUCACUUUCUCCCCCCGUUGUUUGUGCGGAGAACUCAGAGUGCCAGGGUUAG